AUGGACUACGUUACCCGAGGGGUCUGCGGUCAAGAAGGAUGCCGUGAAAGGCGCUACUAUAUCGAUAAUGGUCUAUGGUAUUGUCGACGGGGCCAUUUGCAAGAGGGUGUCCAAGUCGCAGAAGAUGGCGACGAUUUCGGAAAUUUAGGUAAAAUUCAUCGCGUAAAGAAGGAGAUCAGAGAGAAAUCAACCAAAACUCUGCAUGGACGUCCGGCAUGGACGCUCUUCUUGCAAAUCUACCAGCUCAUCCUUUGGAAGCAAUCUCAUGCUUUGGUUCAUGACCAUGGGUUCCCACAAGAGCUAGAGAUUGUUGUUCGUGAUCUCUGGGCUUUGCGACUUCCAGACUAUAGGUUGAAGAUCACAGAGUCUAAUGAAGAUGAAGACGGCGACACCGAUCGCGAGGUGUUUAGCUCCCAGGCUGCCCAGAGUGAUGAUUCUGAGGUCGGGUUCAAGCCAAACUCAAGAUUUGUCGAAUGGCCCCGUCUCAUCGAUGCUGUAGCACUAUGCUACCUUGCAGCGCUAUUGAUGCGGGUUCCUGUCUGUGUAAACGACUUUUACGAUAUGAUCAUGCAGCAGCAAAUACCCUUUACACGCGUGUUGGCAAACGUACCGCCAGAGAUGAGGGAAAAGCUUCCGCCCGAACUAACUGGAAUUCUUGAAAGUAACAAACUUCCAGAGGUCGAGUAUCUUCACAAGGCCGUCCAGGCUUUAUCGUUGUUUUAUCAACGUCGAUUCGAGGUGGUACUUCCUCCUCUUAAUUGGCCUAUACUUCUCUUCCGACAUAUCAAGAGAUUGGCCUUACCAAUCGAGGUAUAUGAUGCUGUUAAAGCUUUGAAAAGUUUGUUAGAUGUCACGUUCGAAUACCCAAAGCCAAAGGCGGCCAUUGAACGAAAGAAGUCGCAUCAUUAUCCUGAUGUGGAAUUGAUCGUGCUCAUUAUCAUUUCUACGAAGCUUCUGUUCCCCUUUGAUGAUGUGAAAAGAUAUCCAACUACCAACAAAGAGCCUGCAGCACAAACCAUGGAUUGGUCUCGAUGGGCAAUUGCACAGACGGCCUUCGAGUCAGACUCCCACUUUAAGAAGAACAUUGGAAAGGAUGCUGCAAUUCGCAUCACAGACAGUGAUGUGCUGAACAUGUCCACCGACCAGUUGGACCACUACAUGGAUUGGUACGCAGACAGUUGGUUAGAUACUUCGGCACCCCCGGGGCGUCUUGCUGAAUUGUUCCCUAUACAACGGGGCGACAUCCAGCCAAGCUCUGCCACCGACCCAGGGCCUCCUUCUGCCCCAGGUGUCACACCUGACGCAAUACAAAAGAAGCUUGAUACGUUACUACACGAAGUCAUGCAGGAUGCUAAACCCAGACGUGUCAUACCGGGGGAUAACGAAGAGCCCAAACGCCCGGGCGAAGUCUACCGCCGGUAUCGAUGGGAGUCCCAGCUCAGUGGCACCGCACGGACUUUCUACGAAAUGGCUGCCCAGCUCGCUGCGGUUCCAUUGAAAACAUUAGUCCGUGCUGUGACACUAGCUGAAUACCAAAUUGCCAGGCGUGACGAGAAACGACAACAUCGAGAAUUCUUUGAAAACCAAGGAGUGGAGGUGGAUGAUAGUGAUGCCGAUCAAAACAUUGAGACGGAGGACAGCGGCGACGAUCAAGAGUACUAA